UCGAAGCGGCUGUCGGACGGUCGCAUCCUUGCGAGUCUGCGUACAAUGUAGCAGCCAUUUUUGUUCUUGUUCAUAAUAGCGUGCGCAUAUUUUAAUGUAUUUAAAAGGAUAUUUAGGAAAUUUUUCAAGAUGACUAUUAUAGUCUUUUUAAUAGAUACAUCAGCUUCUAUGAACCAAAGAGCUUAUUUGGGCGGACGCCCAACGUUGCUCGAUGUAGCCAAGGGCGCUGUGGAGACGUUCGUAAAGGUACGUCAACGAUCUCCUGAAAGCAGAGGCGAUAGAUAUAUGCUUCUAACUUUCGAAGAGCCACCCGCGAACAUCAAGGCUGGUUGGAAAGAAAAUUUAGCAACCUUCAUCAAUGAAUUAAAGAAUCUGCAGUGCCUUGGAUUGACGACAAUGGGUGCUGCUUUAAAGCAUGCAUUUGAUGUCCUCAAUAUUAAUCGCAUGCAGACUGGGAUAGACACUUAUGGCCAAGGGAGAUGCCCAUUUUACCUGGAACCGUCUGUCAUAGUUGUGAUUACUGAUGGAGGAAAAUUGUCCAGUAAUGCUGGCAUCCAAGAGGAAUUCAAUCUUCCUAUGAACUGCCCAAUUCCUGGUUCAGAGCUAACUAGGGAGCCAUUUAGAUGGGACCAAAGGCUUUUCUCACUAGUGUUGAGGUUAGCCGGGACACCAGCAGUAGAAAGGGAUAGUGGUCUGGUGCCAUCUGACUCGUCACCGAUAGAUGCGAUGUGUGAAGUCACAGGAGGUCGAUCUUAUUGCAUCACGUCACAUCGGAUGCUGAUGCAGUGUAUCGACAGCCUUGUCCAGAAGGUGCAAAGCGGCGUCGUGAUCAACUUCGAGAAGAUAGGCCCCGACCCACCACCUGCAGAUGGUGGUAACAGCAGAGACGGUGGCGAGCAAGGCGACGAUAUUAACCCUGACGCUGACAAAGACCUGGAUGGGGAUGGCGAUAAAAAUGGACGAUGGAACGGAGGCCCUUAUCAAACUGGCAUGCCGAACGCAGCCUCGACCGCGCCGCAAGCCUGGCACUCUUGUAGGCGUCUUAUCUACGUGCCGCGGACGGUUGCACAAAAGGGUUUUGCCGUGGGCUUCUGGCCGAUACCAGAAUCAUUUCGUCCUGAUCCUAACGCGCAAAUACUGCCACCACGCUCAGCGCAUCCCGUAGUGAAGUUCACAUGCACUAGCCAAGAGCCCAUGGUGAUCGACAAUCUACCUUUCGACAAAUAUGAACUGGAGCCGAGUCCUUUGACGCAAUUCAUAUUAGCUAGAAAACUACCGACGAGCUGCUGGCAGGUCUUCGUAGCAAACAGUGGUUGCAAAAACUCUGAAGUCAGCCAUCCAUUCGGCUACCUGAAAGCCUCGACAAAUCUUACUUGCGUCAAUCUGUUCGUGUUACCAUACAACUAUCCGGUGCUCCUACCGCUUCUAGAUGACUUGUUCAAAGUGCACCGUUGCAAGCCUACACCGGAGUGGAAGCAGGCAUUCCAAGCUUACUUGGAUAGAAUGCCUUCGUAUUAUGUUACACCACUCCGCCGGGCGUUGACUAAAAUGGGUGCAUCUGCGCCGCUUGUCCAGAGUUUGAUUCCCGACACCCAGGACAAUUCCUUGAGUUUCUCCGUACUGAACUACUUGAAACGGCUUAAGAACCAGGCUAAGAUAGAGUUUGAGAAGCUGUGCGCUGACGUCAUCAAUAAAGCAUCCAGCGUGAACAGCCAAAAGGUGGCGGAAAGUGUUCGUGUAAUGCCAAGAUCGUCGCUCAAAAAGGAUUUGACUACACAUCCGUGCCUUCAGGAUAAGUUUACGGCUCUUCGGGAUCAGUUGAACGAGUUUGGAGGCUUCGUAGUUGGUCUAUCGCGUGGACGCCAUAAGAACCAGGCGCACACCUAUAGAAAUCCAUUCGAUAUACAGAGAAGGGAUUUGUUAGAUCAGGUUGUACGAAUGCGCUCGAACUUCCUUCAGCCGAAUCUCGCUUACACUCGUCUGGUGGAUGAAGACAGCGCCCACUCCAUGGCGGUGGCUCAGAUGGGCAACUACCAGGAGUAUCUCAAGCGUAUGACGCCGCAGUUGAGGGAGAUCGAGUCCCAGCCAGUGAGACAACACAUGUUCGGGAAUCCAUUCAAAAUCGACAAGAGGAUGAUGGUAGACGAAGCAGACAUGGACCCACAGGGAACUGUGAGGGGAAGCGGCGUUGGAGGCAUUGGAGGGAAAAGGGGUUCCGAGACCCCUCGAGCCCCACCUCCCAAAAGAAAAGCGGGCCCCAUACCACAACACGUGGUGGCGCGGAGGCCUUCAACACCUCCAGUACCGCCGAUACCACCCAAUUUGCCUGUCACUUCGACGGUGGCAACACCCCCGCCUACAGCGCCUUUGUCUCCGGUGAUGGUGCGAAGACCUGCGUCUCCCCUCGCGCCCGUUCCAUCUGAUCUGCCGUCUGGAAGACCUCCUGAGGAACCUCCAAACGUGGAUACUGGCGGGCCGUCAACACCAGUUUCAACUCCACAGCCCGUCACGCCUGCCAAUCUCCCGCCUGUCAUCAAACCAUUUCUUAAUGGAGAUGCGUACACGACAAUGGGCAGUAAAAUGCCGCGGUCGCCUUCACCGCCGGGCGAGACGGCCACAGUUCCCGCCUUCGCCCCCCCACCUCCGAUGGCAGACUCGCAGGAGUUGCAGAUCAACGCCAUCUUACAGGGCAUCGCGGCGGAGAACAACUACUCUUCGCGCGGCAGGAAACGGAAACGAAAGAGCGAAAGACAAGAAGCUCCAAUCUUGCAACCGCCUCAGCCUUCGCGCCAGGAGCUGGCUGAGAUUAAGAAGCACAAUCUUGCUGUUCGGGCCGAAGCAUACCGCGCUGUUCGGAGGCCGGGCAAAGAUUACACGAAACUGUUCGAAAUCUUAAAACAAUUGCAAGGUAGCGUGGAUAUUAAAAAGGAAGUGAUACGUGACGUUAUAAGUGAAUCGUUACGCUUCAAGAGGAAAGCUCUGGGUCAGUUACUUGAAGACUUUUUAGCGGGACUAGAAAAGAACGGAAAUAGUGCCUCAGUUAGUAUGUCGUUAUUGAAUUCAUCAUACAGUAAUACGAACAACCAUAGCUAGUGGCGUAUGUGAAAUUGUACAUUAAUAUUAAACUAUUUUAAACGAAAAUUGACACGUUAGCCGAGCAUCCCUUUUUUAUCUAGUACAACAUUUAGCAAUAAUGCAAGACCAUUUUUAUCAGAUGUGAGAGCGAUGGGUAGCGACAGAUGUGGUUGAGACCUUAUAGCUAUUAUUUAUGCAACUGUUACCUAAUGAAAUCCAUUUUAACUCGAGUGCUAGUUUUUUAAUAGGAACUUGAGUUGAAUGACCUCAUUACCUAUAGUUGUAAUUACGUUUUAACUCAUUUUACUCAUUACUCAUUCCUUACGAGCUUCGCUGGAUAUGAAUAUUUUGUAUGGAAAAAUAAUUGAUACCAGGUACUUUCUAAUUUGCCGCCUGAGUACCAUGUCGCCGAUAUCAGACUGGUUUUAACGUACGGGUAUCGACUUUUGCCUGUAUUUACGAAGAUUAGCAUUUUAAAUACCUGUGUCAAAAUGGCCCACAAUUCAAUACUGCUGUCAAAUUCAUAGUUUGAAAAUUUCGAUACCACAGAUUAUUUAAAUUUGUAUAGGCAUAACCCCAUACCUAUACAAAUUUAAACAAUCUCUGAGAGAUUGUUGAAAGGUAGAUACGAUUUAUGGCAGUCUUACAAAAUUUUAUUCUAUUUCAAUAAGUUUUCACUACUAUUACCAAUUUAUUUUUUACUAAAGUAAUAUAUGUAAACAAUAAAACGAAAAAUUGAUCGCCUUUUUAGCACAUACUUUGUUCUUAAUUGUUGCUCCUUAUGAAGUUAAUUAAUGAUAAAUAAUCAAUGAUUUUGAAAGAUCUUUAGCUGAUUGUUGUACUACGUAAUAUUAGCCAACGUUUUCAAAAUGUCGCUCAAAGUAUUUA